GUGGAAGAAGAAACAGAAAUCCACAAUGAAUUCUAAGUAUGAAUGUAUGGAAUUAAAUGACGGUCACUUCAUUCCUGUACUGGGCUUCGGCACCUAUGCACCCAAUGAGGUUCCUAAGAGCCAGGCUACAGAGGCCACCAAAUUAGCCAUCGAUGCUGGGUUCCGCCAUAUUGAUGCUGCUUAUAUGUACAGAAAUGAAGAGGAGGUAGGACUGGCCAUUCGAAGCAAGAUUGCAGAUGGCACUGUGAAGAGGGAGGACAUAUUCUAUACUUCGAAGCUCCCCAGCACUUGCUUAAAACCGGAGAUGGUUCGACCUUGCUUGGAAGAGUCACUAAAGAAACUUCAACUGGACUAUGUUGAUCUCUAUAUUAUUCACUUCCCAGUACCAAUGAAGCCAGGUGAAAAUUUUGCUCCAGUAGAAGAAAAUGGAAAGUUUGUAUUGGAUGAGGUGGAUCUCUGUGAUACUUGGGAGGCCCUGGAGAAGUGCAAGGAUGCAGGAUUGACCAAGUCUAUAGGGGUGUCCAACUUCAACCGAAGACAACUGGAGAAGAUCCUGAACAAGCCAGGGCUCAAGUAUAAGCCUGUGUGCAACCAGGUAGAGUGCCAUCCUUACCUGAAUCAAAGCAAACUGCUGGAUUUCUGCAAGUCCAAAGACAUUGUUCUGGUUGCUUAUGGUGUUUUGGGAACUCAAAGAUACAAACCUUGGGUAGAUGAGAAAUCUCCAUUUCUCUUGGAUGAUCCAGUUCUUGGUGCCAUGGCAAAAAAGUACAAUCGAACUGCAGCCCUGAUUUCCAUUCGCUACCUGUUGCAGCGUGGGAUUGUGGUCCUUGCCAAGAGUUUCAACGAGAAUCGGAUCAAAGAAAACAUGCAGGUCUUUGAAUUCCAGUUGACGUCAGAGGACAUGAAAACCCUAGAUGGCCUGAAUAGAAAUUUUCGAUAUGUUACUAUUAAUCAGAUUGCUGACCACCCUAAUUAUCCAUAUUCUGAUGAAUAUUAACUUGGGGGUCUUUGCCCUGACUUCUCCUGGAAGUACCUCCUUAUCAUGAGUGAAUGAGAUGUUUCAGAUGUGGUGAUCAAUAUCACCUGUGUUCAGUCCAGGCUCUUUGUCAACUUGGACUCAACUGGGGUUAAGCCUGCAUAUUUGGAAGGGAAAACUACAUUUUUGUGCAUUGUAAGAAAUAAAAUGAAGUUUCUUUA